GUCCUGUGAUUGGCGAUACGCAGGUUACGCUACGCAACUUACGCUCCAUGUGAAAGCACCCUAAUAGACUUGGUUUAGUUUACAGUUGUUUACUACUGGAGGCGCUGCAGAUGUUGGUAGACGUUCAAAAUUAUCGUUUGCAAUCAGUUGUUAUAUAGUUUAAGGUCCCGCCUAAAAGUUGUUAUGUACUUAUUUGUCUGGCAUUUGAUUUUCCUUUACUGGUCGAUAUAACUCUUCGCAAGAAGACAGGCAAAGACAGCUGUCAUAUAAUCAAGAAAAUAUUGGUCCGUUGUAUUGAUUUUAUUAAGAAGAUGAGUGCCACAUUUUGAAGAAAUUUCUUUGUCUCUGAUGCUGCGUGACGGUAAAGUACAAUUGUAAAGUGCUAUUUUGAGUCAGUUGAAAAUUAACUAAUUCUGAGACUACUGAUUGAGAAGGAGACAAGAAUUUCUUCUAAACUCGCUAUGGAUAAACGAAAAUUGUUGAAAAGUAGCUUGCACAAUAUGCAACCAGUUAACCAAUCAUUGGAGAGAAUUGACUCUAGUACUAAUGAACAGGCAAGUUCCCGCAGCACUGAUGUUACAACACAGGGAAGGAAGGAUUCGUUUUGUGAAGGAAAAUUGUCGGGUACCAGGUCGACAGCAUUGCAAUCCUUAAACAUUUAUUCGAAAGAAAAUAGUAAUUCCUCUGUUAAAAAUAGAAAAAGAGGUUUAUGUGAGUCUGAGAAUGACAUGGUGGAAAUAGAUGAUUUACCUGUUAUUCCUAAGAUAUCGAAAGUUAGAACAUCAAUGUCGAAACAGUUGAAUAGCCAAGCAUCAGCAAAUGUAUCGUUUAUGUCAAGCCAAGAAGAGAACGUGCAGUUAUCAAGAAACACCAUAUCAAUGACAAAUAAGUCUUUGGAUACCGCUGGUCCAUCUGUAGAACAAUUAAUCGUGCAAAAGCAUAAAAGUGCAAAUCCAAAUUCAUCGGACAAAAUUUCCAAUACUAAUCUUAACCUUCCAUGCAACAAAUACAACAUUAUGAAGAAGAAACAGGACAAAACUAUACUUGAUACAAGUACAAAGCGUGCUACCCAAGAUGUUAAUAUUAGUCGCAGUUCUCCUAAGAAAACGUAUCACAAAUCGCCCAUUAAAGCAACAAUUACUGAAUCUUGUACUUCUCGGAGGAAACAAAAGAAGCCACAGGAAUUUCAGUCAUCUACAGAAUCGGAGAAACACAAACUUACUGAUAAAACAUUAAAGACAUCUAUGGUUAAUAAUGUGGAAAAUUUCCUGGAAAAGCAAAAUUUACCAUCUGUUUUCUCUAAUUUUUUACAGAAAUGUGGAAUUGUAUUGUCAACUGAUGGCACGUAUACACUUGGUGGUCCGCCUUCCAUUGUUGUACGGAAAAUGAAAAGAGUAAUAAAUUCGAGGCAAUAUCAGAAAAAGGACAUAAUUGAUUCCAUAGAGGAAUAUAUUAGAAAUGAAGAGAAUUUUGAAAAGAUGCUGAACGAUAUGGAUGUAUGUACUGAUAACAAUGGCUUUGACAUCCUGAGCAAAGUGACUCUUGCAAGAAUUCUGUUAGAAGUUACUGAGAUCCAAGCAGAUAUAUAUAAUAUUUUCAUGUCUAAACUUAAUGAAUCUGUUCUUUUAGCAGAUACUUUAGAGGAAGUACCAUGGGCAGUGUUACUAUUACACCAAUUUCGUUUUUUGGAUACUAUAACUGACGUCGAUGUAUUAACUACUAAUAUACAACAGUUAUUGGAAACAUGUCCGUUGUGGUUUCAACAAGAACUCAUUUUAUUUCUACCUGACAUUUUGUCAGAUACUCAACAUCAGAUUAUCGCUGAAAUUCUAACGAAAAUGUUGAAAGAAAAUUGCGAAUUGACAAAUGUAAUCUUGAACUGUAUUGCCAGUUUUAAUUUUGGCAAGGAGUACUUGGAAGAGUAUAAAAUUAAAGUGUUACAAUUGUUAAAAACGUCUAUGAAGAUAGAACAUAUACCAAUUAUCAUCAGAUUUCUUCUCAAUGAUUGCGCAUCUUCUGAUAUUAUCAGACAAAUGUUACUUGUAUUACGUAACAUAGAAAUGCAGCCUCUUACUGGAGAUGAAGCUGAAAACUAUUAUAAAAAUCAAGUACAAAUAGUUAAAACAUUAAAGAUGUAUAUGUUACUAGCUAAAAAUGUAACAGAUACCGCAAUAACAAUAAUAAAAGAUAUUGAUAAAAAUCCAAAACCAUUGGAUUUAAUCAUUUUGCUUUUAGUAUUUUCUGGGACAAUAAGGCAGAAAAAUGCAGAAGCUUUAUUGAAGCAACAUAUACGUUCUGGUUUUUACAGGAUACGUUUUCUUUGUACACUUUACAAUGAUUAUAAGGAGGUUGUUCGGGAAUUACAAUCGCCAAUAUUGCAGUUGACUGGUAAACUGUUGAGGUGUGAAGAACGUGUGUUCAUUAUUUUUGCGACCGAAUGGUUCCAAUUACAGUUUCUUAGUCAAAAAGAAACACCAUUUAAACAACGUGAGAUUGUAAAAAAUACUAUUCUUCUCAUGGGCAAUAAUGAUCAAACUAUGAAACAUGCAUUGAAUGUACUGUGCAAACUGGCGAAUAAUACAAAAGAAAGAGAUUGUUUAGUAUCACACUGCAAUCAUUUGAGAAUUUUACUAGAAAAGGUGGAUUGUUUUGGACUAGAAGAAGUUGGCACUCUAAGCGAUUUGUUACAUGGAUUAUGUCUAGCUGAUAACUCUACCUCAGAAUCUUUACAUGAUGAUUUAUUUAUAUUGUUGCAGAAACAAUUGUCUACUGCUAAACCCAUUACAAAAUGUAAAGGUGUUAUGGGAGCAGUGAUGGCAAUAAAACAUUUGGCAGGGAAAGCUGAAACAUGCGACCAAGCUCUAAAAUUAUUCAAUAAGGUAAUGAAGAGUGUGAAAAGUUGUUGUAAAUCACAGCCUCUAUUUUAUGACCAACUAGCACAAAUAAUUGGAGAAACUGAACUUAACAUUGAAUUUGUGAAAAAAAUUAAUGACUGUGUUGAAAAUGAGUUUGUUAAUAUAUAUGUGACAGAUACAUUAGAAUCCAGGGAUGAUCUUGUACCUAAAUUUGGACUAAAUACAGAAAACGAGUCGCAAGACUGUGUGUUAAAUUUUGGAAAUAAAAGAUCCGGUCCAAUUGCACCAAUACUAUUCCGACUUCUUAAGACAUGUUGUAUGAAGCUCAGUGAACAUGAACAAUUGGAGGCUAUAGAUGCUCUUUUGGGAUGCGGAAUGUUAAUGCCACAAAACAUUGAUAUACCAGAAUCAUCAACAUUAGAUCUUAUUAUAUGUUGUAUUAAUUGGCUUAGAGAAAUAAUCUCAGGCUUUGUCACGCAAACCGAUUCUCUACUGCAAAAACAAGUGCUAAAACGGCUGGAUACUUUGAUAUAUUUACAAAGUGAAUUUAAUAUGUUGCUAACGUUAUGUGACACCAAAUACCAACCACCACCAUGCUACUUUCAUUAUUUUCCAUUGCCGCCGUUUGUAAAAAUUGAAAGAAAGUUUAGUAAAAAGGGAAAAAAAUCUACAAAAGAAAAGAAAAUAAACACUUCUAUGUCAGUAAGGAAUGAAGACUGGGAGAUUGGUUCUAUGCUGUGCUCUAAAAAUCCAGCAUAUUUCAGAAAAUUUGAUGCAAAGAUAGUCUACCUUUUGGAAGUUAAAAUAGAUGUGUCAUCACAAUCUGAAACACAAGGCAUAUCAAUAAAACAAGUAUGUUUUCUUGUAAGAGAACUUUUGGCAAUAUUUGAAAAUGAACCCUCUGAGUGUUUCGUGAACGAUUUAAUACAAUUAUUACCAAAAAUCUGUUCAAAAUUGGAUGAUGUUGUUAGUAGAUUAAGACAAGAUGACAAUUAUAAUUUCCGACAAGGUGCAAGAUUAUUAUUGCGUCUACUCACUAGUAUUUUUAAUUGGAAAGGAUUUUCAAGUGUAACAUACAAUGCAUUGCUACGCGAGGGAUUGCGUACUUUGGCUAAACUGGUCAGUGAAGAAAAUGCUACACUGAAGUCUUGUAAGGAACUUGUUACAGAAUCAUAUAAGUAUUUUGAAUCGUUGUCAGAUAUUGCUACAGAAAUAACAUUAGCCACUGCUCUUAUCAACGUAUGUCAAUCCAUAAUGAAACAUUCCGAAACUUAUGUCCAAGAGUAUAAGGGUAAACAUGCAAAAUUAGCAUACAGCUUUCUUUGCCUGGAAUGGCCUGAGGAUAAACAUAUUGGUUCUCAAUAUAAUUUAUCUGUUAUUCAAUUAUUAAAUAAUUGGAUAGACAAUGAACCAUCACCAUUAGAUACAGUAACAUCAAUUUUGGAAUGGUUACCAGAUGAAGUUCGCAAUUUUGAAAAUAUUGAAGAUUCCUUGACCAGAAUGCCUUCUGUAAAAAGAAAUAUUUUUCACUUAUUAUAUAAAAAAUUAUUCGUCGGUUUAAUUAAUGGCAUUAAUGUGUCAUUGUUAGCUGUUAACUCAGAUCCAAAGAGAAUAAAGAUAUGGCACAACAUUACAUUAAAUGUUCAAAAACUUGUACAAAUUUGUAAAAUGUUGCAAAAAAAAACUAUCAUACAAACAUUUUUGCGAUACAUGCCACUAUUAAUAAAACAAUUUCUAAAUACUGGUAUGCCAAUACUUGAGCACAAUCUGAAGUAUCAAACAGACGAUGUAACUAGUAUUCUGAAAAUGAUGCAAAGUGGUACAAGAUACUUACAUGCCAUAUGUUGCGACUGCACAGAGAAAAAGAAUUUGCCACUGUUUAAACAUGUACCUGCAGCAAAAUCUAUAUCAGAGAAAUUAAUUUAUAGUGUCAAAGGAAUGUUGGUCCUUAAUGGUAGUGAAGCAGCAUUUUGGAUGGGAAAUCUUGUCAAUAAGAACUUAGAUGGUCAUGAAAUUCUUUCACAGACAUCAUCAGAUGAAACACCUUUACUAGACGUGGAUAAAAAUUUGGAAGAAUUAGCAAAUGCAACAUCUGAAAUUUUGGAUUCUGAUUUAGAUGAAAAUCCAAUAGAAGAAACAGAUGAUGAAAAUGACGACAUUGUUGAUUUGUAGUUGUAUAAUGGGGAUGAGAAAAAGUAUUCUGCACUCACAGAAAUAAUAUUACAUUAAUACAUUAUGCUAUAAUAUUAUAUCAAAAAUUUGUUGACAAUUUAACAGUGAUAAAAUAUUAUUUCUAUAAUUUUUACUAAAAAUUUAAUACUGAUAAGAUGGUUAAAUUAAGGUUUAAACUUAGUGACAAAUUAGAGUUAAAUUUAGUGAUAAAACAGAUAAUUCAUAUAUAGAACUUUAUAAAUUUGACGGUUUUGGUUAUUUUUUUGUUUGCUGCAAUAAAUUACAAUUUAUUGGUGUACUUGUAAUGACUUGUAAUGUUUAUAAAACAAUAAUAUGGUUAUACAAGAUAAUUAUGAGAUAAUAAAUGUGUUCAAACACGCAA